GUUUUGCGCUGUGAAUUCACCUUAAGGUUUUCAAACGCUCAAUACUUCCUGCACAAAUUAGUCACGCAUUUUAGGAGCGGGGAUCCAAUUUUGUUUAUAAAAGCCUAUGUUGAAGCGGUUUUCAAACAAGUUUUAAAAUUGUGGCGGCAUAUGAACAAUUUUAAACAAACGAUUGAGUGCACGCGAUAGUUUUGAUUGAAUUGAAUGAACAUGGGUAGGAUGCUCGACGAUUUCGAAGACAUUUUGAUACCGAGGCGUACAGAAAUAAGUAAUUGGGUAUGGGCCUUGAGACAUUUAAAUCCUGUAUUGCCAUGUGCAGAAAAUAAAAUAUAUACUCCGGAAAAAAUAAAAUUAGAAGUAUUACGAAGUCACAAAAUCGUCACUUUAAUUGACAGGGAGUCUCAAAAUGAUUUUUCAAAGGAACAUAUUAUCAAUAAAAUUCGAGACAUUUUAAACGAAAUUGGAUAUUGUAGAAGUGUGUUGACUUUGAGAAUUUUAGCUUUCUUUUUGGCUCAAAUCACCACAAGAAUAUGUCAAGGAAUUUAUGUGAACAAACAUGCUGUUGACAAACUAAAGACUCGAAUGGGAAAUAUUCGGAUUAUGUAUGUUCCUAGUCACCGGAGCUAUGCUGAUUUUAUUUUAAUGUCUUAUGUUCUAUAUCAUUAUGAUAUUGAUAUCCCUGCUAUUGCUGCUGGAAUGGACUUCCACGGAAUGAAAGGUAUGGGAACAGUUCUAAGAAAUACGGGUGCAUUUUUUAUGCGAAGAUCAUACAAUAGCGAUAGUAUUUAUUGGGAUUCAUUUCGAGAAUACGUUCAUCAACUAGUUACAAAAGGUGACAAAGGAAUUGAAUUUUUCGUCGAAGGAACUCGAAGUAGAACCGGCAAAAGUUUAUAUCCAAAAUUUGGAUUAUUAACGAUGAUUCUUCGUGCGUAUUUUAAUAGUGAAGUGCCAGAUAUUUUGUUUGUACCAAUUAAUAUAAGUUACGAUAGAAUCAUGGAAGAGAAAUUGUUUGGAUUUGAGUUAUUAGGGGUUCCAAAACCGAAAGAAAGUACCUCGGGAUUUUUUAAAUCGUUGAGCAUUAUUAAUGAAAACUUUGGUAAAGUUUUUAUAAAUUUUGGUGAUGCGAUAUCAGCUCAUGAUUUUUUUAAUGGAAAAAUCGAUCGAUCUUGUCACAAUUUAGACCCAGUUUAUCUUCGAAAAAUAACAGAAAGUGAAAGGAGAGCGACAAGUCUUUUAGCACAAAAAAUUGUCGAAUCACAACAAAAACUCUGUACUGUUACAACGUUUAAUUUAAUAUCGGCCGUUUUUGCAAAUAAUUUAAAUUUAUGGCAAACAUCCAUCGAUGUAAACACGUUGUUAUCGCACGUAAAAUGGAUGGAUUCAAUUUUAAGAAAUUGUGGCGCCGUGUGCGAUUUUGAUGGAACGAUUGAAUGUUUAUUAAAUUCAAUUGAAGUUCAUCACAAUUUAAUUAGAUGGAAUACAAAGGGAGAAUGUUAUUUGGUUCAUGAUGCGAUAGAUUUGCGAAAUGUUGACAAAACUAAAAUGAAAGGACAUCAAUUAAGUGAAAAAACCAUGUUGAAUGCUGUACCUUUAGUAAUGUUACAACUUUAUGUUAAUCCUAUACUUCAUUAUUUUAUUAAUCCAGCAUUAGUGGUUACAAUAUUAAGAAGAAAUUAUUCUAAAAGACAUAAAGACAAACUCCUCGACGAGUUUAACUUUCUCAGAUCUGUAUUUGCUAGAGAAUUUGUCUUGUUUCCUGAGAACUCAACACGGGAUUUUAUUGAAACUUUGGAUCGUUUAAACGAAUUAAAUUCAAUUGACAUCGAUGGGAACCUCAUUAGUUUAACAACAGAUAAUGAUCUUUAUCAUUUAUUUCAACACAUUUUAGAACCGUUCCUUUUAACUUAUUACAUUUUAUGUAAUGUUUUAACUAACGCUAAUUUACGGAAAGAAACAGAAAGUGAUAUAAUAUCAGAAACUCAGAAAGAAAUCGAAAAAUUAUUCAACGAUCAUAUAAAUGAAUAUAUUCAUCCUUACAGCCUUAGUUUGGACACCAUUUCGAAUUGUUUACAAAAUAUGGUUGAUUUAAGAAUGAUACAAAAAAUAAAAAGGGACGAAACGUAUUUUUACCAAACUACUCUUUAUUUAAUUGAAAACUUAAGGAAUCAAAUAUGUGAUUACUUGCUUUAUAUCCCAAAAGGAAAUAUAAACAAAUCGAUUUGUAAAUUAUAAAUAAAAUUAUUCAAAUUUACUCAUAUUAUUUAUUUAAUAUUAUUGGGCAAUUAUUUCGAAAAUAACUAUAUUUUGUUAUUAACUAAUAAGAAAAUGGCCAAAGAUAAUCCAAAGUAUUCUUUUUACACGUAAUCAUGACUCACCUGUAUUCCAUAACAUUUUUUUUUUAAUGAUUGAAUAAAAACACGUUCUUAUAUCA